CCUAAUCACAUGAUUUACUGAUAACGUUCAUGUGAUGUACGAAGUCCUUAAGUACGCCCCCUACACUAGCAAGAUGACACUGACUGGAUACAUCUAAGACAGAUGUUUUAAUGAAACUUCUAUCGGAACACAACCUUCAAGGAAUAAGUAAUUAACACAGAAAUAUCAAUCACUCAACAAAUAUCAAUCGCUGUUACAUGCCAAGAGGGGAGUAAUUAACCAUCAACAUGUCCAACAGUUUCGAUGCGGCCUGUCACACGUUGGUUCAGAACAUUGGAUAUAAUACUCUGCACGCCACUCCGACCAUUGAUGAAAAAGAUAAUAUCAAGUUGUUUCAAGUCGUAGUAAAAACGAAAUCUAAGCUCUUUUGGAGGGAACCUGUUUUCAAACCAACAGAACAUCAGUUGAGACAAUUGUUGGUGGGUGAGGAGGAUUUGAACGUCCACCGCGAUGACAAAAAUCCAGUUGUAUUAAACAUAGAAAGUAAAUCGAAACGAUCCGUAAAAGGGAAUUUCGAAGCAGGAAACAAAGUCAUCGUUGCGGACACAACUGCCGAAAAUACAAUCCAUUUGAAUAUCGCAUACGGUGAAGUGAUGAAGGACAAAAUAAAGGAUACACAAGAACUGUACGAUGAACUUAGUAAGAGGAGAAUAAACAUUGACCAUGCGUUUGUGACGCAAAACCUUCUUGGGGCCGAUAACAAGAGGAAAUCUCUAUGUCUUAUAACAGGCGUGACUUAUUUACCUAAUGGUGGCACAGUACACAAAGUCAAAGAUGCUGGUUUGGAAGCCAAGGCCAAAGCAGAAUUUCAGCCUGUGGUGGCAGUCGGUGCUGGUGUUGGUGUUGCGUCUAAUUUGGACCUUGAGAUGGUUCUGACACAUCAAACUGCAAUGGCAUAUAAUUUACAGGAGCUGAUCAUAAACCAAAAAACUGGCCAAAUUGAACUGGUAAUGAAGGCAUAGGCAGGACUCGUGGAUGGUUCGGUAUGAAGUAGACGCAGGGAAUUGGCACGUUAGUGAGUAGGAGUGGCAAAUGUUUUAUAAUACGUUUUAUACUUGCUUAAAAUCUAGUUCAAGACUUUUAUUGUCCCUAUCAAGGUAUGAUACAGGUCGCAGGCAUCCGUUCACACCUUAUCAAGUUGAUGUUCAUAGCAAAACCUUACAUGGUUAGGGGUUUAAAGGAAUAAAUUGAUAUUUAUAUUUUAUGGUCAACUAAUAAUUGUUUAGAAAAAUAAACUUGUUUAAACGCGUUUAAUGUUGAUUGCAGUGAAGGCCUUUUGCUUAUAAAGACACCUUUGAGUCUGUUAUCUAGGAAUGUCUUUGUAAAUAUCAGGGCCCUAAUUCCCCUUCUAACACCCAAGUAAAAAUAUCGAAUUUAGUUUAAUAUAUUAUAAUUAAUAUUCCAAAAUAUGCACUGAUUUUGAUAUUUAAAUGAUAUAAAUGAUUUAUAAACAAUUAAUUUACAUUUAGAACAAUUUAGUAUUGGCAUUUGUGCAAAUGGGUAGCCUGUACAUUCUCAAAGUGUUGAGUCUUUUUCUUUUUAAGUCUGUUCUUUAUUCUUAAGUCCCUGGUGUCAAAUGUUUGUAUUUUCGUUAACUUGCAGACGCCGUAUCCACUUCAACCUUUAAUAGUAAAAUAAAGUUAUAUUUAUCAUAUUAUGGAUUUUAUGUUGUUUAAUAGUUUAGAGAAAAAGUAUUAACACAGAUCAUAAUAGUCUUUUCAUUAUGCUUGUAUAAUCCAUUCAGAGAGUUUCUAGUAUUAGUGAAAGUAUCGCUAUUGCAUUAAUUUUUGUACAAAUUAAAUUAUUAUAUUUCUUUAUUUGUAUAGUUUGUUCAAUGUUAUUAUUAAUUUUAUGACUGUUGAACUGUGUUUUUUAGUGUUUUAAGAGUUCAAGUGCUCCAUUUAUUUUGUUAUAUUAAAAUUUUGAAAUUUGACUGGUGCAUAUUCAGUUGCAUUUGUCCAUAUAUAGAACAUCUGAUGGGUUCUGUAAUAUCCGAUUGGUAUUUAUAUUAAACGAACAAAGUAGAUGAACAAACAUUAACUAUUUUUCCCAAAAUAUACUCCCUGUUUUUUCUUGUCAUAUAUAAGUUUUUCUUCAGUAUUAUCUGUUCUUAGCCAUUGUUUUGUUAACAUAUUUAACUCUAGAUGUGAAUUGUGAGGCACAGAGUUGUAUUAAUUAAGACAAGUCCUAGAAAUAAUAUUGAAUAUGCCUACCUACUUUUUGUUAAAUGGAUGAUUGUACAUUAUUUAAUUUACCAUGUUAAUUAUAAUUUGUGUACCUGUCUAUUUACAAGUCCAAUGCAAUUCGAAAUGAGCAAGUUUCGCUGUAUCUUCCAUAAAUAUGCUUUAAAAGUUUAAUUGUACCUGUGUUACCCUUAAAUUUGCCUCAAAUUUAUUUUCAAAUAUCUAAUUAAGCUUGCACUGUAUAUCAGAUGCUAUCAUACACAUAACUUGUCUUGCUUUGUAUCAUUACAUUUUGUUCAAUUGUUAUCAAAGAUUGCAUUGUUGUUUUUUGUUUCUAAUUUCAUUUUCUGUGCAUUUGAAACUGCAUGUUUAAUUAAGAUGUCAAAGUGCCAUUAAAACCUUUAUUUUCGCCUUACACCUUUUUCAUAAUGCCAUAACUAUUUACUUUCGUGUGCCUCAAUCAAAACCUUCUUCAUUUGACGGAAACUGACGACAACAUAACCAAUUUUAAGAACCAAAAAAAUUAAUCUGCUAGAUGGCAGUAAAUAUGGACAUUCUUCGUACUGUACGUGGUCAGAAUUGUAGGGUUCUUUAUAUCAAUUUGAAUUUCCGCUCUAAUUCGUUCUUCUAGUAAGUGUUUAUACAUUUUAAAAAAUCUUGAUGGCACAUACUUAUAAUGGUUAGAAAAGUAAUUGCAUAAUUAAAGCUCAAUAUAAUUUAUUUGCAACGUAUUAUUACAGCAGUAGUGUAAAAUAGGGAUAUUCUAUGUCGUCUGAUGUUAAUUAAUUCAUCGCAUGAUUUAUUUUGAGUUUUUAUGAUGAGAUAACAUACAUUUUGCAUUAAUAAAAAUACAUUUAUAUAGCCACGCUUAUGUUGUGUGUGUUACUUUUGUUGUUUCUUUGUAGCCAUAUGUAUUAUUUUCACUAUUGUGGUCACUUUGUUAACCAUCAAUUAUAAUUACAUCUCUUCAAAUGCAUUUGUUUGUAUCUGUUUUCUGCAAAAUAACACAAUGCUGAUGUUUAAGAUAUUAUACAAUCGUUUUAGUCGUUUUACUUACUAGAUUAACAUAAAACGUUUUGCAAAUCGUUUCGAAUUAAUUUAAAUUUGAACAUUAUUUUUCUUAAUCACGACAACAAAACUGUUCUUGCAUAUGUUUUGAAGGCAAAUCAUUUUGAUUGAAUCACAGUAAUAUACUUUGUGUCUAAAAUAUCCCAAGCAUCUUUUGUUAUUAAAAAUAACCUAUAUGCAACAAAAUUGUGUAAUGCUCAGUUGAUGUUUGUGUGCAAGUAAAAAUGCUUGGCUUUAAAACAAUACAUGAAUAAAUUAUAGUAACAUAUA